CGUACGUGUCCGUCUGUCCAAGUCUCAUCGGACACGUAUGCGUCGAAAAGUAGCUACAUAUGCACGGACAUCGUCCUUGCUGACAUCAAGGUGAUGACUCCCACUCACUGGAAGCACACACACACACACACACACACAAAUAAAUCAUAUAAGAGAAGAGAGAGAUCAUGGGGUGCAUCAUGCUGGCCCUUCUCACCGUCUCACUUUGAUGGCCAGGUCCACAUCAUUUGGGCAGAUGGCAUCCACGCCACACCGCAGGCUCCUCUGCACGUCCUCAGCUAGGUCAUCGCCCUUGGACCCCCACCAGGUCAUGACCCUCUUGCCCCUCGAGUGCAUCCCAUCCACCCACUCACGCCACUUAGCCUCGGCCGCGGCUCCUGAUCCCCCCUGACCCUCCCCCAGCCGCCUCCACGCGCGCUGGGACACAUGGGCCCACUCACUGUCGUAGGCGUCGAGCCACCCCACUGCGUCAUCGACCGACGGCAGGCCAUUGAAUAGCAGCGCCAACGCCACGCCCUCUUCCUUGGCCCUUGCACGUAUCGGUGCCAGCAGAUCCACAUCCGACUGAGGCGUCCACUGGAACGUGCUGAUUCUCUCAACGAUUCCGGGGUACUUGCUCAUGAGGUCGAUCACUCGCGCGCCAAGAGACGGGUUGACGCCUUUGAGCUCGACAUUGAGCUUGAGUCGGCCGCCACACAGCUGCAGCACCUCCUGGAGCAGAGGGAGAUUGGCCAGCGGACUGCAGGGGGUGCUCGUGUGGUUGUAUAGGUCCAUCAUGCUGGCCUUCUCGGCCUUGGAGGCCUCAGCAUAGCGGCGGAGUGCAGCGGCCCUGUCCUCGCCUUGCGAAACAGCCAGACUGAUCCACGGCAUCCGCCUGACAGAUGGACAACCUCGGACUAUCGACGUGCCUGGUCCUCCUAGUUGUGUGCGUCUGUUGUUUACAGGUCGGUGUGUCCAUUGUUGGUGAGGUCUUUGAACGAGGCAGUCUGCAGGCGCAUGGGCGACCCAUCGUCGUUGUACCCAUUGGUGACGGUAUCAAAGAAGAAACCUUCUGACUCGCUGCCGCACCCAUGCACCACCACAACCUCCUGACAAAGGCAAACGACACACCCACAGACAGACAGACAGACAAAGAGUGUAAGUACCAUGCCAUCGAUCCUGGUUUGCCUACCCCGUCUGCUGUGAGCCAGCAGUCCAGCUCGGCGCCUUCGGCGCCCUUCUCGAUGGCAUGUUUGAAGGCAGGAAGCGAGUUCUCGGGAAUGCUACUGGCACCUCCACAGGCGCUGCAUCCGGCACCACGAUGCACGAAAAUCGGCACACGAUGAGCAAGCGCCAUGGUCCAGAACACCCACAGCAUCAACCGAGCCUCAGCCUCUGAAAUACAAUCAAAUGCAGAUCUCUCCGAACGUAAUGCACCGCGGUGAGUUUCAUACCUUUCCGCUUCGGUCGGUAGUCAUCCUGAUGUUGUCCUCACAGACCUGCCACCUGUGAGUCCUCGAAAAUCGACUGGUCCACUCGGCCCUCGGAGUGCAGUUGGCUUCCUCUCCCGCUCGACCAGCGGCUUCGUGAUCUCUUUCUUGGCUUCUCGAGCUGCCGGCUCCUCGACUAGCUUCGGCCAGUAUGCACAGCACCGCCGCUCCCAGUCCUUCUUGUCCUGCACACACAAACACAUGGAAGCAUUUUGACUGUGUGUGUGCGUUGUCGUGUGUCACCUGUGUGGAGAAUCGCUGUGGGUGGAACAGUGCUUCGCAGCUGCCCUGGUAGCUCUUCCCGAAGCAUGCGCCGGAAGACAGCUGCUCAAACGGCACCUUUAAUGCCGCACGAAAACCGUCUGUCGCACGAAAACCGUCUGUC